GAUUCUCAUAUUUCUCAAUGAGGACAAAUACUGAGAAGCUGAAAGGAAAGAGGCAAAUUCUACACAAUCAGGGAGGGGGUGGGUAGGUAGCAAUUGCCAUUUAAUCAUUUAUUGACGCCACAAGAAAUUGCAGUGUUCAAUAUUAUUUAGGAUUCUAUAAAAUGUCACACACUCACACAUACACAUGAGUCUUACUUGUAUAAGGCAGCCAAGUUAUACUCUGCCUCAUUGAGCACCCACCAACCACCAACCACCACCACUCAACAAAGAAAGAAAGGAUAAGUUUAACCAGAUGGGUUUCAAGAACAACUUGUUAGUAUGUGCUGCAAUUGAAAGUGAAACUAUAGAAGAGAUGGUGAAGUCAAUUGAGAAAGCAAAAGAAGAAGGUGCAGAUCUUGUUGAGCUUUGUAUGGACUCCAUUUCUGUUAUCCAUCUUGCAGAUGUUGAGCUUCUCUUCAAACAAACAACUCUUCCUGCAAUUGUUUCAUUCAGAGUAAAUUCACAGAAUAAAUCACACAAAGGAGAUUUGAAGCACAAAUGUUUGCAAAUUCUGAGGCUCGCAAUCGAAUUGAAUGUUGAAUUUGUCGAAAUCGACUUUGAGCUGGCUUCUUCUGAUGUGAUGAAUGAAUUGAUGCAAAAACGAGAAAAUAGCAAGAUAAUUGUAUCUAGUUACGUGAAAAGUGGCAUUGGCAUUUGUUGCAAAGAAACCCUAGGCAAUUUGCUUGUAGCUCUUCAAUCUACCGGAGCAGAUAUCGUUAAAGUUGUCACUGAAGUUGCUUAUAUUACAGAUGUAGCACCAGUCUUUCAUAUCCUUACUCAUUCACAGGUCCCUGUGAUUGUAAGAGCAGUUGGAGAUAGAGGGCUUAUAAGCCAAUUAUUAGGCCCAAAAUAUGGCGCCUUUAUGGUUUGUGGUUCUUUAGAAGGAAAAUCCAUACCUGGCUUACCGCCUCUACUCAGCAUAAAGAACGUUUAUCAGCUCGAUAAUGUGGACAUGGAUACAAAAGUGUUUGGUGUUGUCUCAAAUCCAGUAGGUCAUAGCAAAGGUCCUCUGCUACAUAAUCCUGCUUUCAGAUAUUGUGGUUUCAAUGGAAUUUAUGUCCCGCUUCUCGUUGACAAUCUUAAAGAGUUCCUCAGAGUGUAUUCAUGUUCAGAUUUUGCUGGUUUCAGUAUUGGACUGCCACAUAAGGAAGCAGCGGUAGCAUGUUGCGAUGAAGUUGAUCCCCUUGCUAAGUCAAUAGGAGCUGUGAACACCAUUGUUAGGCGGCCCAUUGACGGGAAGCUGGUUGGUUACAACACAGAUUGCGAUGCCUGCAUCACUGCUAUAGAAGAUGCACUGCAAGAGAGGCAGAGUUCAAAGGGGGAAGUACAAAAUGGAUCAUCCCCAAUUAGUGGAAGAUUAUUUGUAUUGGUUGGAGCAGGGGGUGCGGGGAGAGCACUAGCUUUCGGAGCCAAAAGCAAAGGAGCGCGUGUCGUGAUUUUUAACCGCAAUUUUGAGAGGGCGGAGUCUCUUGCACGAGCAGUGUCUGGUGAGGCUUUGCCUAUCGAACAAUUGGACACAUAUUGCCCCCAAAAUGGAAUGAUUCUUGCAAAUUGUUCUGCCAUUGGCAUGGAACCAGAUGUCCACCUAACACCAGUCUCCAAGGAGAAUUUAAGAUCAUAUGAUCUUGUAUUUGAUGCGGUGUAUACACCUAGAAACACCCGGCUAUUGCAAGAGGCUGCAGAGGUUGGAGUCACGGUAGUGAGUGGUGUUGAGAUGUUCGUUAGACAAGCUCUUGGUCAGUUCAAAUUGUUUACCAAUGGAUUAGCUCCGGAGGACUUCAUGCGCAAGGUUGUAUUAGAACAAUUUUGAGUUUUUCAUCAUCCAACCAUCAUGGCUAUUGGCUAGGGUCUCUUCAACACCUCGGCCAGUCUGGUUCCGUCCAAGAGUACAAAACCACGAAUAUAUUUAAAUAAGGUGGAAUAACGACCUUAGUAUAUGUUUGAUUACUAAAUUUAUGAGAGAGUAUGAUUGAUAAAAUAGAGAAUGAACAAAGAUUGUGUAUAUCGGUUAUUGAUGGAUGUAUUGUGAUUGCACGUUGCUGAAGAGCGUAAAACUUGCAUUUUAGAACGCUGUGAUAAAACUCUUAUCAAUGUUCGCUUAUUCGGUCAAUGCCUUCUUGUAUGUGCAAUUCAACUAAACCCGAACGGUCUAUUGGAGUGCCA